UACCGGUACAAGGACAUUUGUAAGAAAAACAAGUACAUUAUAUUAUAUUUAAAUUUGCAGAGGCUGCAUUCACGAUUCAUUGAGGAUCAUUACAGCAGUGAAAAUGACCAUUGCUGUUCAAAAUAUCUCCUACACGACGGCUAUCGCGACCUGGUUGUCCGCCGGUCCCUGCGUGGAAAAUUCUCACAGCGUUUCGUACGCUUCCAACGGAUACGUCCACUUUGCCAGUGUUUCCGGAAAAAGCGUCAGCCACAAGAUAAUGGUGCCAAGAAACACAUCGUCCCUCUUUCUCUACCACCUGUUCCCCUCUACCAACUACAACUUAUGUGUGACCUGUAAGGAUGUCUCCUCCUCUAGUGACCCCUGCACCACCUUUCACACUCUGGGGAACAACCCCAUCAUCCUCCCCAUUCCAGUUAGCGAACUGGUCUUCACCAUCAUGAUUACCCUGCUUAACCUUGCCUUGAUUUUCUUCUGGGCCCGCUGUCUCUACUCCUAUUGUGUGAAUCACUCAGCAAAGUUUACCAACCCAGACCUUCAGGGAUCCCUGGAUCAGCAAGCCUGCUACAUAGGCCUUCUGAAGGAGAACCAGAAUAAUAUCCCCAUGCUAACAGCUUUGGCAGGCUCCGAACUGGCUUCUUCAGACUCUGAUGAGUAUAGUUCUCUAUAUUGAUCAGAGAAAAAUAGUGCAGGUGCAAAUAUCUGAAUAUUCGCUUUGCUUGAAAUGUAUUCGCUAAAUGUUCUGUACUAAAGAUAAUGCGUAAGUGAUGCCUGAAAUAAAUAACAUACAUUCUGCUGUUGAGAAAGGCGUUUCUCUCCUUUCUUUACUAGGUAUAUGGGGGGUUAUUUUACUUGAAUUAACUGCAUAUAUGUUUUGUGUGAAAUAUAACAAUAAAAAUACUGCAUAUUAUUUGUAUUUAUUGGAAUUGAAUACAAUUGAAGUAAGUGUAAGUAUAUGCAAUCGCAAGUUAGUGGGAUGCAAAUUAAAUUUACAUAUGAUGUUUUAUGCAUCAACGUAUCAAACUUCUGUCCGAAAAGUAUUUGUAGUUCCUAGCCCAAGCCUUUUAAUUUUUACAGCAUCCAAAACACAAAGUGGUAAAUGUAACUAAUGUGACUACAGACAAAUGAAAAUGUUUGCAUUUUUGUAUUUCUGUCAUUUCAU